AUGAAGCCUCCCCCUCUUCUGACCUUCCUUGGCCUCCUGGUGGCCCUGGCUGGCGGGAACCUGGUGCAGUUCGGGGUGAUGAUUGAGAGGGUGACGGGGAAGCCGGCGCUGCAGUACAACGACUAUGGCUGCUACUGCGGCUUCGGCGGCUCCCGCUGGCCCGUGGACCAGACGGACUGGUGCUGCCACGCCCAUGACUGCUGCUAUGGGCAUCUGGAGAGGCUGGGCUGUGAGCCCAUACUGGAAAAGUAUCUUUUCUCUGCCAACAAGAGUAACAUCCUCUGCGCUGGCAGAACCGCCUGCCAGCGACAGACCUGCGAGUGUGACAAGACAGCUGCCCUCUGCUUUCGCCAAAACCUGGAAACCUACAACCGCAAAUACGCCCGUUACCCCAACAAGCUGUGCACCGGACCCACCCCGCCCUGCUGA